AGUAAGUUGGGGCGAUGAUUUAACACUGACCAUGACCAUACAGUCAACGGCAAUAUCAGAAUCACAAUUGAAAUGGAAACAUAAUGGUGAUGAUAGAGUAUUAUGGGAUGGACACAGUAGUAUUACUAUUACAUCAGCUAAACCAUCAGAUGCUGGAAUUUAUGAAUGUUAUACUACACAACAACAACGACAAGAUGGAAAAAAUAGUUUCAUGAGACUUAUUGUUAGACGUUGUCCUAAUGGUAAAUACGGUGAUACAUGUUUACUUAACUGUCCUAAAUGUUAUAAUGGAGGUAUAUGUAAUUCAGACACUGGAAAAUGUAUAUGUCCACCAGGAUUUACAGGAAGUCAAUGUAAUACAGGUUGUGAUUCGAGGGGGCAAUGGGGAAAAGAUUGUGGUAGAGUUUGUUCACUCAGUAGCACUGAUUCUUGUCGUGGAAAAAUGAUGUGUGUUUCUGAUCCAUAUGGAUGUUCAUGUCUUGCAUCAUAUACAGGAUUAGAUUGCAAUACAGAUUGUCCAUCUAGGAAAAUAUGGAGCUGGAUGUACACAGACAUGUCAUUGUACUAAUGGAUGUAAUAGAAAAGGGGAUUGUACUAGCAGUGCCGGUGAUUGUGACACUGGAUGGAGUGGUAAUAAGUGC